GUACUUACUUCAUAUCACCAAGAAUAAAAGACUGAGCCGUCUCUGAUACUGCAAAAGAAAUGGAAACAACUGUGAUACACUUCAUCCUUCUUGGAGUCAUCUCAGGUUUAACCAAAGGAGCUGGUGUGCUGCCUGAUGUUCUAAAUAAAGCUGUGGGAGAGACGGUGAUGUUCACCACAACACUGACUCCACCAGAACAACCAUUCCUAUCAGUAGGGUGGACAUUUGAUGGAAAAAAUAUAAUCACUUUCACUGGUUCAAACAUAACUGCACCAGAGUAUGAAGGCAGGAUCAUCCUCUUCCUGUCUACUGGAUCUCUGGAGCUCAGAAAUCUGACUCUUAAUGACCAUGGAGAAUACAGCGUUCUCAUUUUUCCAUUUGGAGAAGAACAGAAGAGAGGGAACACAAGACUGUACGUAGAUGUGCCAGUGUCCAAUGUAAUGGCAACCCCCAGCAGUACAGACUUGGUGGAGUUCAGCAGCUCCGUCCGUCUGUCCUGCUCCUCCUCUGGAUCCUCUCUGUCUUUCCUCUGGCUGAACGGCAGCUCUGAGGUUACAGCCAGUGACAGAGUUCAGCUCACUGAUGGAGGCGCCAAUCUCACUAUAGCUAACAUUACCCGCUACGACCAGGGACCAUUUAAGUGUCGUGCAUCCAAUUCUGUCAGUAAUGGCACCAGUGAUCCGAUGAACUUGUCCAUUAGCUACGGCCCAGACAACAUUAACUUGACAAUAUCUCCAUCACAAGAAUACUAUACAGAAGGGUCAGACAUCAUCCUGAAGUGCUCAGCUGUCUCCAGACCUCCUGCCCUGUUUCAGUGGUUUCUGAAUGGAGUCCUGCUGUCUGAUACUGGACCAGAGCUCAGACUGAUGAACAUUCAGGAGAGUCAGAGUGGCAGCUACACCUGUCUGGCCUUUAACAGCAAAACUCUGAGAUAUAAAUCAGUUCCACCUGCAGCUAUAACUGUGCUGGUGCCAGUGUCCAGUGUAAAGUCAACUGCCAGCAGCACAGACUUGGUGGAGUUCAACAGCUCUGUCCAUCUGUCCUGCUCUGCCUCUGGAUCCUUCCUCUCUUUCUUCUGGCUGAACGGCAGCUCUGAGGUUACAGAAAGUGACAGAGUUCAGCUCACUGAUAGAGGCGCCACUCUCACUAUAGUCAGUGUGACCCGCUACGACCAGGGACCAUUCAGGUGUCGUGUGUUAAAUCCUGUCAGUAAUGGCACCAGUGAUCCAGUAAACCUCUCCGUCAGCUAUGGCCCUGAUAAUAUUAAUGUGACAAUAUCUCCAUCACAAGAAUAUUAUGGCGAAGGGUCAGACAUCAUCCUGACCUGCUCAGCUGUCUCCAGACCUCCUGCCCUGUUUCACUGGUUUCUGAAUGGAGUCCUGCUGUCUGAUACUGGACCAGAGCUCAGACUGAUGAACAUUCAGAUGAAUCACACAAGUCUUUCCUAUGGAGCUGGAGUGCUCCCCGUCGAUCUACUUAGUGGAGUAAAAGGAGAGAGUGUGACCUUCACAACAACCGUGAAACCAACAGCGCAACCAUUUCUGGCAUUGACCUGGAGCUUCAAUGGUACCACCAAUAUAAUAACAUCAACCAGUGCAGAUGUAGUGGGAGCAGGCUAUGAGAACAGGAUCACCCUGGAUAAAUCUACUGGAUCUCUGGUGCUUAGAAACCUGACUGAAAAAGACAGCGGAGAAUACGAGUUAAUCAUCAUCCCAUAUGGAGCCGGACAGAUUCAAGGAACUGCUAAGCUGGAAGUGCUGAAGAGAAGGUACACACCAGUCUCCAAUGUGGUUGUAACUCCCAGCAGCACAGACUUGGUGGAGCUCAGCAGCUCUGUCCGUCUGUCCUGCUCCUCCUCUGGUUCCUCUCCCUCUUUCCUCUGGCUGAACGGCAGCUCUGAGGUUACAGCCAGUGACAGAGUUCAGCUCACUGAUGGAGGUGCCACUCUUACAAUUGUCAGUGUGACCCGCUAUGACCAGGGACCAUUCAGGUGUCAAGUGUCCAAUCCUGUCAGUAAUGGCACCAGUGAUCCAGUAAACCUCUCCAUCAGCUACGGCCCAGAAAACAUAAAUUUGAAGCUGUCUCCAUCACAAGAAUACUAUACAGAAGGGUCAGACAUCAUCCUGACCUGCUCAGCUGUCUCCAGACCUCCUGCCUUGUUUCAGUGGUUUCUGAAUGCAGACCUGCUGUCUAAUACUGGACCAGAGCUCAGACUGAUGAACAUUCAGAUGAAUGACAGAGGGAACUACAGCUGUCAGGCCUUUAACAACAAAACUCUAAGAUAUCAAAUAUCUCCACCUGCAGCUAUAACUGUGCUGGCACCAAUAUCCAAUGUAACAGUAAAUGCCAGCACGACAGAAAUUUUGGAGUCCAGCAGCAGCUCUGUCAGCCUGUACUGUUCCGCUUCUGGUUCCUCUCCCUCUUUACUCUGGCUGAACGGCAGCUCUGAGGUUACAGCCAGCGACAGAGUUCAGCUCACUGAUGGAGGCUCCACUCUCACUAUAGUUAACAUGACCCGCUACGACCAGGGACCAUUCAGGUGUCACGUGUUCAAUCAUUUCAGUAACAGCACCAGCGAUCCAGUAAACCUCCUCAUCAUCUACGGCCCAGAAAAUAUCAAUCUGACAAUAUCUCCAUCGCAAGAAUUCUAUGACGAAGGCUCAGACAUCACUUUGAUGUGCUCAGCUGACUCCGGACCUCCUGCCUUGAUUCACUGGUUUCUAAAUGGAGACCUGCUGUCUGAUACUGGACCAGAGCUCAGACUGGUGAACAUUCAGAAGAGUCAGAAUGGGAACUACAGCUGUCAGGCCUUUAACAACAGAACUAGGCCUAUGAGAAAUCAAACAUCGCAGACUGCAGCCAUCUCUGUACUAAAAUCUCAAAUCUCCAAUGUUGUAGUGACUCCCAACGCCACAGAGUUGUUAGAGCUGAGCUCAGUCUCUAUGUCCUGCUUGACCUCUGGAUCUUUCCCCACCUUCCUCUGGCUGAACGACAGCUCUGAGGUUACAGCCAGCGACAGGGUUCUGCUCACUGAUGGAAACUCCACUCUCACGAUAAUUAAUGUCACACGCUACGACCAGGGACCAUUCUUCUGCCAUGUGUUCAAUAAUUUCAGCAAUUACACCAGCGAUCCAGUGACACUCAACAUCAGCUAUGGCCCAGAAAAUAUUAAUUUGAAGCUGUCUCCGCCACAAAAAUACUUUAAGGUAGGGUCAAACAUAAACAUGACAUGCUCAGCUGACUCCAGACCUGCUGCCCAAUUUAUGUGGUUUCUGAAUGGAAGCCUGCUGUAUGAUACUGGACCAGAGUUCAGACUGAUGAACAGUCAGAUGAAUCACAGUGGACGCUACAGCUGUCAGGCCUAUAACAGCAAAACUCUGAGAUAUGAAAAAUCUAAGCCUGCAGCCAUCUCUGUACGGACACCAAUCUCCAAUGUGAUGGUGACUUCAAACAACUCACACUUGGGCCUGUUUGAGUUCAACAGCUCUGUCCGUUUGUCCUGCUCCGCCUCUGGAUCCUACCCCUCUUUCCUCUGGCUGAACGGCAGCUCCAAGGUUACAAAAAGUGACAGAGUUCAGCUCACUGAUGGAGGCGCCACUCUCACUCUAACUAGAGUGACCCGCUACGACCAGGGACCAUUCAGUUGCAACGUGUCGAAUGGUGUCAGCAGUGAAAUCACCCAGCCGGUGAAUCUUUUCAUCCAACAUGGACCUGACAACAUGGCUAUCACAGGACCCAGUUCAGUGCGUGUUAACGAUUUUACAAUGCUUUACUGCUCCACGAUGUCUGUACCAUCACCAACGUUCAUCUGGCUUUACAACGGGAGGCCAACCAGUGUCCGUGAGGCUGCGUUCGUCAUAAAAUCCAUCAGACCCUUUGACGGGGGGACGUUCACCUGCACUGCUGUGAACGCUGUUACAGGGCUGAAUCAAUCAGUGAGCCACAAGUUAACUGUUGUAGAUUUCUUAGACUGUGACUGCUCAACUGCUGCCGGGAGAGCUACCAUCAUAACAGCUGGAUGCUUUCUUCUUAUUGCUGUAGUUGGUGGAACAAUUGUGUAUGGCAUGAUAAGGAGGAACAGAAACAGCAGCGACUAUCCAGCACAUCGACAAGAAUCUCUGAGCAUGAGGAACAGACGUUCAGACGUGUAUAAGAUCUCAGUGACAGCACAGAAUGGCUUGACUUCCUUUGACGCAUGAACAAAAUUAGGAAACACAAACACACAUACUGUAAGAAGACGGCAGUGUUAUUGUUUUUGUAUUUAUUUAUUCAACCCAACCAUUUUCUGCCUCCUUCAGAUUACACUUCAUUGUGCUGAGUUUGAUGCACAGCUGCAUUGCAACUUUUUGUGUAACCUGAUUUUCUGAUCAUAUCUGAUGGUUUGCAAGAAUUAGUUUGAGAUGAACACUUAUUCUGAAUAUAUGUAAGAAAUUACAAAAGGAAAAAAUUAUUAAAAGUAUUUAUUCAUUUAAAGUAAUAUAGUAGUAGUAAAAUAAAAGUAGUAGUAGUAGUACAGUAAAAUAAAAUAAAGUUCAGUGUCUUUUAUCAUUCAAGACAUGUUGUGUAAAUAUGUGUAUAUUCAAUAAAGAUGUCAUCUGAA